CUCAGCUGGGUGGGGACGCGUCUGCCGAGGACCCUGGACUCCAGCAACCGGUGGUCGCCACUGUCCACCCACCCUUAGGCCCAGCUCGCCUGGCGGAGAACAGCUGUGCAGCCACGCUGGACACUCACCCCGCCCGCUUGAUCCCGCCCCCGGACCUACAGGACCAAUAAACGAUGAAUACAGCCGCGCGUCACGGAGCGCCGGCCAAUUGCAGACGGCCACGACCCUAGAAAGGCUGGGCGCGGCAGGCGGCCACGGGGCGGUGGCGGCGCUGGCGUAGACGUUUCCUCGCUAUGGUGGUGGUGGCAGCGGCGCCGAGCGCGGCCACGGCGGCCCCCAAAGUGCUACUCCUAUCUGGCCAGCCCGCCUCCGGCGGCCGGGCGCUGCCGCUCAUGGUGCCCGGCCCGCGGGCAGCAGGGUCGGAAGCGAGCGGGACACCGCAGGCUCGCAAGCGGCAGCGCCUCACGCACCUGAGCCCGGAGGAGAAAGCGCUGCGGAGGAAACUGAAAAACAGAGUAGCAGCGCAGACCGCUCGAGAUAGAAAGAAAGCCCGGAUGAGCGAGCUGGAGCAGCAAGUGGUGGAUUUGGAAGAAGAGAACCAAAAACUCCAGCUAGAAAAUCAGCUUUUACGAGAGAAAACUCAUGGCCUUGUGAUUGAGAACCAGGAGUUAAGAACACGCUUGGGAAUGGAUACGCUGGAUACUGAAGAGGCUCCAGAGGCAGAGUCCAAGGGGAAUGGAGUAAGGCUGGUGGCCGGGUCUGCUGAGUCCGCAGCACUCAGACUAUGUGCAUCUGCAGCAGGUGCAGGCCCAGUUGUCACCUCCCCAGAACAUCUUCCCAUGGAUUCUGACGCUGUUGCCUCUUCAGAUUCUGAGUCUGAUAUCCUUUUGGGCAUUCUGGACAAGUUGGACCCUGUCAUGUUUUUCAAAUGUCCUUCCCCAGAGUCUGCUAAUCUGGAGGAACUCCCAGAGGUCUACCCAGAAGGACCUAGUUCCUUACCAGCCUCCCUUUCUCUGUCAGUGGGGACCUCAUCAGCCAAGCUGGAAGCCAUUAAUGAACUCAUUCGUUUUGACCAUGUAUAUACCAAGCCUCUAGUCUUAGAGAUCCCCUCUGAGACAGAGAGCCAAACUAAUGUGGUAGUAAAAAUUGAGGAAGCACCUCUAAGCUCUUCAGAAGAGGAUCAUCACCCUGAAUUCAUUGUCUCAGUGAAGAAAGAACCUUUGGAAGAUGACUUCAUUCCGGAGCUGGGCAUCUCAAACCUGCUUUCAUGCAGCCAUUGUCUGAGACCACCUUCCUGCUUGUUGGAUGCUCACAGUGACUGUGGAUAUGAGGGCUCCCCUUCUCCCUUCAGUGACAUGUCUUCUCCACUUGGUACAGACCACUCCUGGGAGGAUACUUUUGCCAAUGAACUCUUCCCCCAGCUGAUUAGUGUCUAAGGAGCCACACGACAUUGGGCCCCUUUCCCUGACCAUCACACUGCCUAGAGGAUAGCAUAGGCCUGUCUGUUUCGUUAAAAGCCAAAGUAGAGGCUGUCUGGCCUUUUAAGAAUUCCUCUAAAGUAUUUCAAACCUCAUAGAUGACGUUCAAGUAUUGUCGUUUGACACUCAGCUGUCUAAGGUAUUCAAAGGUAUUCCAAUACUACAGCUUUUGAGAUUCUAGUUUAUCUUAGAGGUGGUAAUAUGCUCUAAAUCACAGGGAGGGUCAUUUGGUAGUUAUCUCCCAGCCUGGCUUCAAACUAUGUAGUCGAGGCUAGGCUGAAACUUGUGACCCUCUUGACCCCACCUCCCAAGUGCUGGGCUUUACCAGGUGUGCAACUCCACACCUGCCUCUUGACAUGUCCUAAAGUGGACAUGGGAUUCAUGAACAGCCCCUUAUCAUUUUUCUCCAUUCUCUGCAUCCCAGGUUUUAUUUCGUUGACUUCUACAGAGAAACACCAACCUGAGGGGCUUGUUUUCCCUUAUGUACAUUUUAAAUGAAGAUUGAGAAUCUUUGUAAAAUGAUGAAAAUUUACUGUGUAAAUGCUUGAUGGACUCUUCUCGAUAGUGCAGCUUCUAGAAGGUGCUUUCUCCGUUUAUUUAAAACUACCCAUGCAAUUAAAAAAAAAGCAACGCAG